CCACUGUUUUUUUAUCUCUUUCUCUCUCUCACAACUUGAUAUGUCUCUGUGCGUCUCCUUCUUUCUGUAAAUCUUUCUUUUAUUAUACUUUUUGUAUCCAAAAGCAUAAGACAAAAAAAAAGAACAAGAAAGAGAGAGAGAAAUAUCUAGUCACGAUGCCGGAUUUUCUUGAAGAGUGUGAAUUUGUCGACACUUCACUAGCCGAAGAUGAUCUGUUUGCCAUCUUAGAGAGUCUCGAAGGCGCCGGAGAGAUAUCUCCAACGGCUGCAUCUACACCUUAUAAAGAUGGAACCACAAGUUCCAAAGAGUUAGUAACUGAUCCAAACUGCGAAACUUCAUCUCCUAAGAAGAAGAGGAAGAGACUAGAAACCGAGAAAGAAGAUGAAGAAGAAGAAGAGAAUACGCAACAAAAGAUGUCUCACGUAACCGUGGAACGCAACAGGAGAAAGCAAAUGAACGAGCACUUAACCGUUUUACGUUCUCUUAUGCCUUGUUUCUACGUCAAAAGGGGGGACCAAGCAUCGAUUAUAGGAGGAGUUGUGGAAUACAUUAGCGAGCUGCAACAAGUUCUUCAAUCUUUAGAAGCCAAGAAACAACGUAAGACAUAUGCGGAAGUCCUAAGCCCGAGACUAGUCCCGAGUCCUCGUCCUUCACCACCUGUCCUAAGCCCGCGAAAACCACCUCUUAGCCCGCGCAUCAACCACCACCAUCUCCUUCUCCCUCCUAUAAGCCCUCGAACACCUCAGCCUACAAGCCCAUACCUGGCCUAUCCUCCGCAACUACCACUCAUCCCACAGCCUCCCCAUCGUUCUUAUAGCUCAUUGGCCGGUGGUAGCAGCUUAGGGGACCCACCUCCAUACUCUCCAGCUUCAUCUUCUUCCUCUCCUUCAGUUAGUAGUAACCGUGAGAGUAGUGUGAUAAAUGAGCUCGUCGCUAACUCAAAGUCGGCUUCGGCUGACGUGGAAGUGAAGUUCUCAGGAGCUAAUGUGCUGCUCAAAACGGCGUCGCAUAAGAUCCCUGGACAGGUUUUGAAGAUAAUCUCUGCUCUUGAGGAUUUGUCUCUCGAGAUUCUUCAGGUUAAUAUUAACACCGUCGAUGAAACCAUGCUUAAUUCUUUCACCAUCAAGAUUGGAAUUGAGUGCCAACUAAGUGCUGAUGAAUUGGCUCAACAAAUUCAGCAAACAUUCUGCUAGUAAAAGAAGGGUUAAAUACAUCUUCCACGUAAACCCUAACACGAAAUCAAUAUUGAAUAAAAUUGUUAUUGAAGAUUGAAAACAAAUAUUUACUAAGUAUGACUAAUAUAAGUGAGUUUAUAAAGUUACCAGCUUCAAAUAUAACAGCGUCAUCACUUUUUUUUAAGUGUAGAAUUAUACAGUAACAGUACUCCAUGCAAUGAAAGAACGACAGUGUAUAAGAUCAUUAAUCUUUUUUAUUCUCUUCUAA